UGUGCCCCGCAGCUGCCGUGCGAGGAUCAGAUCAUCCUGCUGAAGGGCUGCUGCAUGGAGAUCAUGUCGCUGCGAGCGGCCGUGCGCUACGACCCCGAGAGCGAAACGCUGACGCUGAGUGGGGAAAUGGCCGUCAAACGCGAGCAGCUGAAAAACGGAGGGCUGGGGGUCGUGUCUGAUGCCAUCUUCGACCUCGGCAAGUCGCUGUCUGCCUUCAACCUGGACGACACCGAGGUGGCCCUGCUGCAGGCUGUGCUGCUCAUGUCCUCAGACCGGACGGGGCUGAUCUGCGUGGAUAAGAUUGAGAAGUGCCAGGAGACUUACCUGCUGGCGUUCGAGCACUACAUCAACUACCGCAAACACAACAUUCCCCACUUCUGGCCCAAGCUGCUGAUGAAGGUGACGGACCUGCGCAUGAUCGGCGCGUGCCACGCCAGCCGCUUCCUGCACAUGAAGGUGGAGUGCCCCACCGAGCUCUUCCCCCCCCUCUUCCUCGAGGUCUUCGAGGACCAGGAGGUGUAGGGCCCCCC